GCUUCAUAUUUCAGUUAUAGUUUCUCACGCAAGAGUGUUGAUUUUAUCUUUGGCUUUCUGUGUCAUGGCUGGACAACUUAACCAUGACUCUUUGUUUCUCUCCCCCAUUACAUAACUCUUAACCUCUGUACCUCUGGUUUUCAUAUUCAUCAGAAGGAGCACACUUUUUCUUCCUUUUUUGUGUUUUUUAAAGUUGAAGGGCUGAGUUUUUUAUCUCUCACUUCAUAAUACCCAAAGCACAGACAGGAAGAGGGCACAAACCGUACAAACCAUAAUGGGGCUCUUCCUGUGGCUUGGCCUGCUGUUUAUGUCGGGUGUCCACUCCACCUUGGUCAAGAACUGCCACCCUGGCUGCCGUUGUGAAGUGGAAAACUUUGGCCUUUUCGACAGUUUCAGCCUGACAGGAGUAGACUGCAGCGAGUUGGGUCCCGGCGCCGCCAUGCCCAUCCCUAUUCCACUGGACACUGCCUAUCUCGACUUAUCCUCCAAUGCCUUGGGCCCACUCAGUGACACCAUGCUAGCAGGUCCUGGGUACACCACUCUUGUGAGCUUGGACCUCAGCCGCAACCACAUUACAACGGUAAGUCCCAGGGCUUUGUCAAAGCUGCGUUACCUGGAGACUCUGGAUCUAAGCCACAACGAUUUAGAGAGCCUCCCACCGAGCUGCUUCUUCGGCCUCCCUCUGGCAGAAGUUGACCUGAGCCACAACAGCUUACAGAACUUCAACAUGGACGCCUUUGCUGCCAAAGUUAACAGCAAGCCCCUCAGCGUGGAUCUGUCGCAUAAUAAGCUCACGUCCAUUUCGGCGACGCAGCAUGCAAAUUUUGUGCACAUUCAAAGCCUGAAUCUGACAGCAAACCGCCUAUCGAGUAUACCGCUAUUAGCGGGACUUGAGACACUAAGGUACUUAAAUCUGGAUGGCAACCCAAUCAGCGUCAUCAAGGAAGGGGAUUUUGCUCACCUGAAAGAUUUGGUUUAUUUGACCCUCAGUGGCCUUCAGCAGCUUCAAGAAAUCAAAGCACAUGGAUUGAGAGGCCUCCAGAGCCUCCAGGUCUUGGACCUGUCCAACAAUCCCAAGCUAAAAACACUGAGCCCGGACAUUUUCAGCGGACUGAACUCUCUGCAGGAACUUAAUUUAUUCGGAUCUGGGGUGACGUUCUUACCAAAUACCAUGCUCACGCAGCUCCCUAGUAUGAAGAGCAUUAUGCUAGGAAAGAACAUCCGCUGCUGGAGGACCCAGAAACAGGGACAGUUUCAUCGACAGCUGGGUCAAGCGCAACACAACGACAUUCUGAACUGCAAUGUGGAUGGUGUUGUCUUGUGAUCUUGCCAAAGAGGAUCCGCCUUUACGCGUUGUGCCUUUAUUCAAAUACAGUCAAAUAUACUGUUAAUGGUAGCAAUCAUAAACACAACAUAAAAUAUUAUAUUCAUCUACAA